AUGUUUACCCCAGCAAUUAAAUCACUUCUACUCGUGACAACACUCACCGUUGCCACCAACGCACUUAAAUUACUCGAAUCCAACCCCGCUACACACACAACAACACACAAACUCACAUUCAUCACACACAACACAACACAUAAAACAAACUCCAAACUCUACGCCAAAAAUAAACGAAACGUAUAUAGUAAGAGGGACAUUGUGAGUGAGGUGGGAGAGCGUUUGAAUAAGACUCAGAAGGAGGUGGGUCAGGUGGUGGAUGAGUUUUUAUCAUCGAUAAAGCGUCACUUGUCAAACGACGCGGAGGUGAGUUUGCCGAGGUUCGGCGUGUUCAAGAACAGCAUGCGUGGGGAGCGGAGGAUGAGGAACUUGCAGACUGGCGAAAUCUUCACAGCGAAGCCAGUGCACGUGCCCACGCUGAGGUUCUACGACACAUUCAAAGCCGAACUCAACCAUAAACUCAAAACCAAAGAUAAACGCAACUACUCUUCAUACAAUUAUUAA